AGAAGAUUCAAUCGUCGGGUGAGCUUGCGUGUGUAUGUUUUGAUAGCGUAGCACCAGUGAGUGAGUGAGUGAUCACGACGGGUUUGCAUUUUCCAGCCCACGGAAAAGCGCUGGUGCAGCGGGGAAAGUGCAUUUCACGCUUGCACACCAAAGUGUGUAUCGGCUCCGUGAUUGUGCAGAGUGCGCGCGUCAUCAAUCGCAUCACGGGCUGCCGUGCUUUUCUGGGAGCUUUCUUUUGCCCCCGUUGAACGUGUGUGCGUGUGUGUGUGAGUGCGUAUGCAAUACUAAAGGAAGAAUACGCGUGCGUGGUGCAGUAGUGUGCGGGAACCCUGAUUGAUUCUACAGCAUUCUUUGCUGUCGGUUCGUUCAUGAUUCCGAUUUCCGAGAAGCGGGCAUCAUCCACCUCAUACAAACGUACGUGGAACACACCAGCGAAUACGGGAAGAGAUCAAUUAGGCUGAUUUUCGGAGCGGACCCGUACGCGGUCGUCUACUGAGAAAAGCACGGCGUGAUAUAUGGCGGCAGUGUAUGUGAAGAAUUGCACUAAACUGCAUAAAUACUUCGGAAGUUUUUGCUUUAAGCAAGCAAUACCGAAUGCAAAGCUGCAUCAAGAAGGCGUGUAUGGUUCGACCGCAUCCGUAACCGGAAAGGAAGCGAGAUCGGUUUGGCAGUGCUGUGUGCCCUGUAUACGCCCCGUCUAUUAGGCGUGUCUGGAUGUGGUUGUGUGUCGGCGUAUGGCUGUGUGCGUGUGAUUCUUCACCGACGACGACGACGUCGCGGUUGCAUUUUUCGCCAGCCGAUUGUUGCCGUUGCGUGGAAAUGUGUUCGAGCGCAAUUGUGCCGCAAAGCAAGUGAAGAAGCGAGCAGAGCUAGUUGUGUGUGCGCGUUGCUGUAGGGGCUGAGGUGUGUGUGUAUGUGUGUGUGUGUGCAUGUUGCUGUGUGCAGUGGGUUUCCCCCUUUUUGGAGCAGCAGCAGCAGCAACAGCACCAACAACAACGGCCGUUUCUGUUUUAGGUGGUGUACUGUAGUGUGAGAGCGCGCGUGUGUGUGUGUGUGUUUGUGUAUGUGUGCCCCCUCUCCCCCUACCAAUGUUGUGUUGACGUAGCGGUGAUUUUGGCCUCCCCAUUUCCGUGUGAUUCAUCCCCUGCUUGUGGCGGUACUGAGGGUUUUAAAAACAAAAGGGAAAAACCAACGUUCCAAAAAACCGUUCCGCCGGAGAGUGUUUUGUGAAGCACCACAGUCCAGCUUUUGUCCGGGCACUGUCCGAGGCGUACUCAGUGUAUUUAGAGAGAGUUGCAAUUCCAGAACAACAUUACUACACACCAACAUCAACACGGAAUAUGGUGCCCGAGAUGGUGCACUGAAGGGGCGCUGUGGCAGUCAGGCAGGCAAGGGACGUGUCGGAAUAGACGACGUGUGCAUCGGGUGGUAAAUCAACAGCGCACAAGCAUCAUAAGCUUCUUACCUUAUCGGGAAGCCCCCUUUACACACCGACAACGCAAACCUCUCCCGAUACGCCAAGAUGGGGAAGCUGCUGUCGAAAAUAUUCGGCAACAAGGAAAUGCGAAUCCUGAUGCUCGGUCUAGAUGCUGCCGGCAAAACAACCAUACUGUAUAAGCUAAAGUUAGGUCAAUCGGUAACCACAAUUCCAACCGUCGGCUUUAACGUAGAAACCGUAACGUAUAAGAACGUCAAAUUCAACGUGUGGGACGUUGGUGGGCAGGAUAAAAUUCGACCACUCUGGAGGCACUACUACACGGGUACGCAAGGAUUAAUUUUCGUGGUAGAUUGUGCGGAUCGCGAUCGGAUAGAUGAAGCGCGGCAGGAGCUGCAUCGGAUAAUAAACGAUCGCGAAAUGCGGGACGCGAUCAUACUGAUAUUCGCCAACAAGCAAGACCUGCCAGAAGCAAUGAAACCUCACGAAAUUCAGGAAAAGCUUGGCCUGACGCGAAUACGCGACCGGAACUGGUACGUGCAGCCUUCCUGUGCCACCACCGGCGACGGUCUGUACGAGGGACUGACGUGGCUAACGUCCAACCACAAAUUAUGAGAAUAAUUGUAAGCAUCGCACCGGACGGGGAGGGACCGUGGAUCCAUAGGUCCGCGUGAUUGUAGCAGCAGCAGCCGGUCCGUCGACGCCACCGCCGCCCUAGCAAGAGCAGAACAUCCCCACAAUAUAAAUAUAUAAAUAUAUUUAAAGCGUAUGCAGAAAAUCCUCCUCCCUAUCCUCCUCCCUACCCUCCUUCUCCUCCUCCUCCUUGUGGCCGGUCCCGUUUCAUCAUUCGGCUCCUCCGCUCAUUUGUGGGAAGCAUACUAGCUGCUUGCCGCUUUGAUUUGGGUGAAAUGAACACGCAUUAUCCUUUAUAUCAUAUAAAAGUAGGACACAAAACACUAGACUAGCAUUCGCUGUGCGCGAAGUACGGUGGUAAAGCAAAAGGGGGUUACAGAAGAAAUUAGGGAGAGAGAGAGAGAGAAAGGAGCGUACAGAAUCACUCACAUCUAAUCAGUGCAACACAACACGGCGACUGAAAAUAAGGCGCUCCGUUCUCACCUAUACGUUUUCCGCCGGCCGCAGGACAAACACGAGCAACACGAGGGUAUAAAAAAUUAUCUAAUGCUAAUCUAUCAAAAUGCAUCCAGCAGGAGAGAUCAAGUGAAGGGAAAAUAUCGUUAAACACGCGCGCGCUCGUUCAUCUCCUAAGAAGAGGGUGUCUGUCUGUGUCUUCACUCCUGUCUUUACACAUACAUACGAGAUCAUACACACACACACAAACACGGCUAUGUAUGUAAAACGUAUAUACAUAUGCAGUAAAUAAGCGUAGUCCAAUGAUGUUCUUAGAAGGCUUGUUAGCAGAGAGACUCCCAUAUGCAUUGCAAGUCGUAGGGGGGCUAAAAAAGGAAAAAAGGUGGCUAAAGCAGCCUAAAGCUAGUGAUCCGAUCCGAUAUCGCAAAGCAAAAACACAAUGCUCUAUAGCUAUACAGCACACAUUUGCCUUUUUCAUACGAUCGAUCUGCUGCAAACACGUUCCCCCAAUAAUGCCCGUCCUUGCCGAUUUCUAGCUGAUGAUUGGUGAUCGUGUAACGCAAGCUCAUCCGAAUGUCAUCGCGCACGGCAUUUGAGUUUUGGAGGUGUGAAAUAUCGUUAGAGAAUUGCGGUUCGAACCUUCCGGUGUUUUGUGUUUUGGUCAAAUCUGUUCAACACUUCAUUCAUAACAACAUUAUAUACGGGAAAUGUAAGAAACGGAACGAUCGCUAGGUGAGCAAGUGAGCAAAUUUAGACACGCCAUGCACUCUACUUCUUCGUUCUUCCCAAAGGUUCCCCGGGAUACGUUCGGACUGACGGAUGUUAGGCAAGGAUCGAUUAUCGGACAAAAAAACAAGCCACAAAUAAAAAACGAAAACAGUUCUGUAGUAGUAGCAUUGUCGAGUUGCGGUAAUGUAAUUAAUGAUCUACAACCAUAGCUGGCAAUCUCGUUCUCGUUCUCAUCUAGCGUGGGAAACUGUAGCGGAAAUAGAACUUGAAGUAUAAAACACCACAUUAGAAAUCACACAAAUCUGAAAUCACGUUAUUUCCCUUUCUACCGAGCGAUACUGAAUUCUAAACACGACUCGGAAACGGAGUGCUAGGCCUCACCAGCCAUGGGUAGAGAUCGGCCGUUUGCGGUAAUUAGCUGAUGAAGCGGUCGAAAGCGUCGCCGCGGACAGGAAUUUGAAUUUGUGUUGCUUGUGUUCUUUGUUUGGCCAAAAAAGAAAAGCGUUUGCGGCGGGGUUUAGGAAACUAAUAGCCGGGCUUUGCCACAAAUCAAUAUAAAACUUUAUGAAACGUAAUAGCAACGAUCGAUAUGAAGUUAGGUAAACAAAAAAGUAACGGAAACAAACAAAACGAAUAGAACACUCCGUUCGGUUAGCUGUUGAAUGUUCAUUUAAUCUGUAUAUACUGCACACACCUACAGUUAGGACACGCUCCUGGGUAGGAAAACUGAUUCAAAUCCCCCGUUUAAAAGCGACACUCUGUGCACCAUCGUCCCUCUCUCUCUAACAUGAAACAAACAGUUGCGUGGGCACAUACACGAAUGUGUUGUGGCGUGUGUGUGUUUCUUCUGUGUACAUUCUAUAGAGCCAAUAUAUACUAUAAUGGGAGAUAAAAAAAAAGUUUGCUGCUGCUGCGUUUUGCACCAGUGGUACUACUACUUUCUCACUCGCUUGAUAAAAGAUAUAGAGGAUGUGAAGGACGGAGGGAAAAACAGACACCGGGGGAAAUUCGAAGAUGGGUGGAAUUAGCGAGGUAGGAAAAACGGAGGUGAUAAACACGACAUGAAAAAGAAAAGAAAGAAAGAAGAAACUAUCAGUAACAGAGAAGAUAACACAGAGCAAAGGUGAAGAAGAAGAAAAAGAAAGUUAGUAGCGUUAGAAUUUAGAUGCAAGAAGACAACAAAAAAUCUUGCUAAAAACUGUCGGAAGAAAACAACUAUGUUUUAUUAUUUCUGCCUGUGUGUGAGGGAUAGAGAGAGCGAACAACGUUUGUAAAUAUUAUUGUACGGUAAAAGAGGUAAUAAAAAAGAAAAACGGCAACAACAACAACAACAACAAACAAACAAACAAACAAAGCAACUAAUUGAUACUAUGUAAGAGUAAACAAAAUAAACGAAUGGGAAAACAAAA